UGCGGACGUUGGCACGUGGGGGUGCUGUUUGCGAGGCUGAUCGCUUUCCGUUGCUACAGCAGCAUCUCCAAGGAGGAACGUUAUCAAGAAAGAUGGAGGAAUUUGAAGAACCUCCACCUGUAACUGAGGAUUUGGUGCCUUGCAAAAUAUGUGGACGAAGUUUUUUUUCACGAGUGCUUAAGAAGCAUGUGUCCAUCUGCCAGAAAUCAGCAGCAAAGAAAAGGAAAGUUUUUGACUCCAGCAGGCAGAGGGCAGAGGGCACGGACAUUUCCACUGUGAAACCCCUCAAACCAAAGUUACAAAGUUCUACAGGCAGCUCAAAAUCUGAUAAACCUGAACCACCCAAGAAACAGUCCAACUGGCGCAGAAAGCAUGAGGAAUUCAUCGCUACCAUUCGUGCUGCCAAACAAAUAAAUCAAGUAGUGAAAGACGGAGGUCCCCUCCCCCCGCCCCCACCCCCAUCCUAUGACCCAGAUUACAUCCAGUGCCCGUAUUGCCAGAGACGGUUCAGUGAGAAUGCAGCGGAUCGCCACAUUAAAUUCUGUAAGGAACAGGCGGCCCGCAUUUCUAAUAAGGGCAAGUUCCCUGGAAGUGACAAAACCAAGCCUCCACCAAGGACCCAGUACAAGCCUCCUCCAGUGAAGAAGGCAAAUUCAGUAUCUUCAGUGUCUUCCUCUCGCCUUCCGCAGCGUUCAGCCUAUGGACAAGGUGGAGGAACAGGGAUUCCCAGCAGUAAAACCUCGGCUGGCACAGUGAGGAGCAUGUCUUCUGGCUACUCUCCAUCUCGCACCAACUCCAGCGGCCUGACCAGUCCUCCAUCUGGUGUUAGUAUGAAGCCCAAAGGCGUAGUUACUCAGAGUAGUCUGAAGAACACCUCUGGAAUAGGAGUGAACAAGAAGAAGGUUUACAAUGCAGACAACUACAAUUCAAGGAACGAUGUGAAAAAUGAGAAUGAGGUGGAUUACUCCAUACAGGGGACCAAGUUCUGCCAUGAGUGUGGGACCAAAUACCCUGUGGACUGGGCCAAGUUUUGCUGUGAGUGUGGGGUGAGAAGGAUGUGCAUUUAGAGAGUGAAAGAGAAAGGGUUUGGUAAAUGUUUCAGUGCUGAGCUUUUCCUUCCAUCACGCUAGUGCCCUGGUUGCAUACCCUGUUCACGAUUUACAGCCCUUUUCUAUUUUUUUUUUAAACCCUCAAUUUUCUUGUGUUUAUUAUUGAAGUGCAAUAUGAUGAACUACUGAUUUAAAAAGGAAGACAAUUUUUUUAAUCAGGAUCUACAUGGGUAGAACCAUAUUUAGAAUUAAGAGACUUCUAAAAGUGGAGCCUAUCAGAGCUUGCAAUUGAUUACUGAAGUCAAUAUCCCAACAUUGCAUCUCGAUAAGGGAAUUAAACAAGGAAUGGAAGUAUUUUUACUUAAUUUAUGUUAUUUAUUACCAUAUAAUUGAUACACGUUUAGAAGUGACGCUUACACCAUGCAAUUCAGUUUUGUAUCACCUUUGUGUUUUGUAUUUCUUAAUGCUUAAAAAUUAUGUUCCUAGUAUUUUUAUCUGUAUUGAAUGUGAAAUGUAUGAAAGGUACAUUCACUACACGUAGCAACAAUCCAUCACAGUCCUCCCCUCAAGCUUGAAUGUGCUUGGUCCGCAAACAUAUUCAAACGACCCCACAAAACCUCAGCUCAAAGACGACUGAAAUGUCAAACACGACAUUGCUAUACUAUUUGACCACUUCAAACUGUAUGCAAAGAGUAGCUUUAUAGUCUGGUCCAUUGCCCCAGGGCCUUUUAAAAGCUGUUAUCACUGCAGCUCAGCCGAGGUCUUUACCAUGUUAGUUUACGUAAGCUAAAAGGCCUCAGAGUCAAAGCUCUGGUUAGCAUCUCACUCAGCUGUUACAAAGGCAGUGCAAUUCUAAUGAGCUUGUGGCGUCUGCCCUCCGUCCGAUGUAUUUAACAUUUUUGUGUGGCAGAAAGAAUACAGGCUGGAUAUUGACAAUAGAUUUGUCAUUCUAUGAACAGAAUGUCAAAUGCAUUUUAUAUCCUCCUUAAAUAAACAUUAAUGCGAGUGAAA